AAGUGGGGUGUUGUUGAUAUAAACCAAACCUCGGAGGGCCUGUAAUUGCAAAUUAAGCCAAAACAAUCCAGUCGCAAAAUAAUCCCCUCUGCCCUUUCACUGAAAAUCCCAAUUACACACACAACACACACACACACACACAGCGGAAGAAGAAGAAGAAGAAAUGUUUCUAACGAACAAAUUGCCAAGAUUCCAUUCACACUUUCUAAUCGCACCUCUCACAUCUCCAAAACCCCAACAAAGAUUCUUCCUAAUCACCUCAACCCUCUUAUCCAAAACCAAACCCGAACCCGAAUCCUCGCCCCUAGCAGUACCCCUCUCCCACUUCUCCACCCCCACCACCACCUCCGCCGCCGUGGUUCGGUCGCCAGGCGGCCAGGAGCAAGGAAGCUUGCUGCUUUCUCCAGAAAACCUCUUCUUCCCACCAGAAACAGACGUCUCGUCGAUUAAGAAGGCGCCGCUGAGCGCGAGAAUACUGAAGGGGUCGAACAUUGUGGUGGGGAAGUACGCCGGCGGCACCGUCGACGUGGUGAAUGCUGAUUUUGUUAAGAGCAGCGUGACGACUGAGGACUGCCCCUCCGAUGGGAUACCGGAGUUCGCCCUCGUCGGCCGGUCCAAUGUCGGCAAAUCGUCGCUUCUUAACUCGCUCGUUAGGCGCAAGAAACUCGCUCUUACUUCCAAAAAGCCCGGAAAAACACAAUGCAUCAACCAUUUUCGCAUCAACGACAGCUGGUACCUGGUGGAUUUGCCUGGCUACGGUUAUGCAUCUGCGCCACACGAGGUACGAACGGACUGGGCGAAAUUCACUAAAGACUACUUCAUAAACCGGCCAAACCUUGUGUCUGUAUUCCUUCUAAUUGAUGCCAGCAUUCCUGCUAAAAAGAUUGAUCUCGAGUAUGCUAGUUGGUUGGGACAAAAUCAGAUUCCGAUGACUUUGGUAUUCACGAAAUGUGACAAACGGAAGAAGAAAAAGAAUGGAGGAAAAAGGCCCGAAGAAAACGUGCACGAUUUUCAGGCAUUGAUACGAGAUUUCUUCACUACAGCACCACCUUGGAUUAUGACAAGCAGUGUCACUAAUCAAGGCCGUGACGAAAUAUUGCUGCACAUGUCCCAGUUAAGGAAUUACUGGCUCAAGCAUUAACUCGUUUUUUCGAGACCGCCUAUAAAUUAUUUCGUUUAUCGAGAUUUCUGUAAUAGCAACCUUAAAUUAGAGUACUAAUUUACGUUUUUCAGUCGAGUUUUUUUUUUUUUU